GGCUGGAGAUCCAUAUAGUUUGGCUUCCGGAUGGAAACAAGUGUUGUUCUAAAGACGACAGUAUAUUAUACGAGCCACUGCUAGAAGCAAUGUGGACAAGAAGGAAAAAAGAAAACAAAGAGGAUCAGAGAGAGGAGACAGAGAAUUAAAUUGGAGGAGCAGAGAGCGCAGAAGAAAGAGAUUAUAAUGGACAUGACGGCGUUGCAGAGCGCGAUAAAGAUAAAGAAACCACUUUGAUUUCUUCUCUCUUCUCUCUUCGUCUUAAAUACAUCCACACCCCAACAAACGACCCUCGGCUGUGAUAAAGCUGUAACUAAAGAAAUCUCAAACCCUAGAUUUCAUACGAUCAAAUUUUGCUGUAUUUCUUCUCCCUCCUCGGAGAUCAAACGGAUUCAUUCAAUUUGUGCCGGACAAGGGAAGAUCUUCGGGGGAGGUAAAAAAUGGCGAUAUGGGUGUUCGGAGGGAUUGAAUAAAGGAAGAACAACUCCGGAGUGAUAUGGCGGAUGUUGGAGUGCAAAAAUGGCAGGGUUUUUCUCGUUAGGUGGCGGAGGAGGAGGAAGCAACCAAGACGACGGAGCCAACGCUAAUCCUCCUCCAGUAACAGAGGCUUGGCUCUGGUACCGAAACCCUAACGCUAACACACCGUCAUCAAACGUAGCAGACAUCUCUUCUUCCUACAAAGGAACUCUCGAGCUAUGGCAAAACCACAACCAGCAAGACAUCAUCUUUCACCAGCAGCAGCAUCAAAGGUUGGAUCUUUACUCCUCCGCCGUCGGACCCAGCGGCCGCAACCAAAUUGAUAUGUCCGGACAACCCUCCGCCGUGGACGGCAGAGCUGCGCUGAUGAUGCUGCCUAGCGGAGGCGGCGGAGUGAGCUGUCAGGACUGCGGGAACCAGGCGAAGAAAGACUGCGCUCACAUGAGGUGUCGGACAUGCUGUAAGAGCCGAGGGUUCGAGUGCCAGACUCACGUGAAGAGCACGUGGGUCCCUGCCGCUAAACGCCGCGAGCGCCAGCAACAGCUCGCGGCUAUUCAGCAGCAGCGGCAGAGCGUUCCGAAACGGCAGAGGGAGACUUUGCCGGCGAACUCAUCUUCUCUCGUUUGCACUCGCUUACCUGCUAACACUUCAGGGUCGGAGGUGGGUCAGUUCCCACCGGAAGUGAGUUCAUCGGCGGUGUUCAGGUGCGUGAGAGUGAGCUCCGUCGACAUCGAUGGAGAAGACCAGUUUGCUUAUCAGACGGCAGUCAGCAUCGGUGGUCACGUCUUCAAAGGCAUUCUCUACGACCACGGCCCUGACAGCGGCACGGCCACGGCCACCGAAAGCUCCUCCGGCGGCGGAGCUCAGCCUCUCAAUCUCAUAACGGCGGCAUCUUCCUCCAGCCUCAACCUCGGCAAUAAUGGCGGCUACAUCGAUCCUUCGGCCCUCUAUCCUACACCGAUCAACACGUUCAUGGCCGGUACGCAAUUUUUUCCGAACCCGAGAUCCUGAAUGGACAUUUAAAGAAAAAACAAACAAACAAACAGAAGAAACACAGUAACUUUAGAAACAGAAAUAGGGUUUAAGCAUUUGUCUUGGGGGAUAGGACGAUUUGAGUGCUGGGGACGCCUGCUCCUGCUUGUUCUUCCUCUUCUCGAGUUUCGAUGCAUUUCGGAUUUUGAAUUAAUUCACAAAUAAUACGUUUAUUCUUCUGAUGA